AUGUCAGACCUCAUCCGGCCGCUGGGCCCCGACCCGGACGAGUUCUGCCGCAAGCACCCCAACGCACCCGGCCGGCACAUCCCCCAAGACCUCCCGCCCGUCCUCGUCCAGGUCCAGAACAUCGAUCCCAAGAUCGAGCCCAUGGCGUACGACUUCCACACGGAGCAGCCCAUCAAGGGGGCCAGGGCCUACUACAUGCACUCGGUCCUACACGACUGGACAGACAAGACGACGGCGCUGGACAUCAUGAUGAUGACACUCUUCUCGGCAAAGGAGAGGACGGAGGAGCAGUGGCGCAACCUGCUGGAGCCAGCGGGGCUCAAAAUCGUCAAGAUCUGGACCAAGGGUGAGGGCGUGGAGAGCCUUAUCGAAUGCGAGCUGGCAUGA